AUGAGAACGUUCAUUCUUGAAACUCUAAGACUGUACUCUCCAGUGUAUACGGGAUUCAUCCGCGACAUUGGAAAGGAAGCCACGCUAGGCAACGUUACUCGUCUUGCCGGACUGCAAUUUCACAUUCUCAUCAACAUGGUUCACCAUGAUCCCAAAAUCUGGGGACAAGAUAUUCAUCUUUUCAAGCCUGAGAGAUUCUCAGAAGGGAUUGCUAAAGCUACAAACAACAACUCAACUGCAUAUAUGCCCUUUGGGAUUGGAGUUCAUGUGUGUGCAGGAUUCAAUUUCACCAUUGACGAAGCCAAGAUAACCAUUGCAAUUAUUAUUCAACGUUAUUCUUUCACUCUCUCGCUAGGCUUCCUUCACAAAGUGCUAUGGCAACCUCUCCACACCCAACGGUUCCUGAAUUCUCAGGGAAUCAAAGGCCCUCCUUACCGCUUCCUAAUCGGAAACGUCAAAGAACUCAUCCGAUUCCGAAGUGAAGCACAGGCAAAACCCAUGCCCGAUCUUUCUCACGAUGUGUCUCCGAGGAUACUGCCCCACGUUUCCAUAUGGGCCAAGGAGUACGGAAAGAACUUUGUGUUCUGGCUCGGACCGCGGGCCCAGCUGGUGGUGUCCGAGCCGGAGAUGGCGAAAGAGGCCCUGAGCAACAAAGUCGGGUCUUUCCCCAAAUCCGAACUGUACACUAGUUUCCACAAGAAGAUCUUCGGUCAAGGGCUUGCCACCAGUGAAGGUCAGAAGUGGGCUAAGAUAAGGAAGCUGGCGAAUUUUGCUCUACACGGAGAGAACCUCAAAGGAAUGAUUCCUGAAAUGGUUGCUAGUGUGGAGAUGAUGCUGGAGAAAUGGAAGGAUUGCCAUGAGAAAGAGCUCAAUGUCUACGAAGAAUUCAAGAUAUUGACAUCAGAAAUUAUUUCCAGGACGGCGUUUGGGAGUAGCUUCCAAGAAGGCCAGCAGGUUUUCUACAUGAUUAGCCGUCUCGUGUUGCUUGCUGACAGAAACAUGCUCUCUAUCAGACUUCCAAUCAUCAGUGCAUAUUGCAGCAAGGUUUGGAGAAGUAGGGAUGAGAUCGAAGCUGAGAGGCUGGAGGAGGGAAUUGUGAAAUCCAUUAUGCUGAUGGUGAAGAAAAGAGAAGACAACGCAAAGAGUAGUGGAGAAGUAGCUGAUGGGUAUGGGAGGGAUUAUCUAGGGCUCCUUCUAAAGGGAUAUCACGAUGAUGAAGAUGAAACCAAGAAAAUUUCCAUGGUGGAAUUGAUUGACGAGUGCAAAACACUCUAUCUGGCGGGACAGGAAACGACCAAUUCCCUUCUUUCCUGGAUGAUUCUGCUCCUGUCAAUCCAUCAGGAUUGGCAAGACGCCGCAAGGAAAGAGGUUGUGGAUCUAUUCGGCCAUGACAGGACUCCUGAUGUUGAUGGUAUUGCAAGGCUCAAAAUCAUAAGCAUGAUCAUCAGCGAAACUCUAAGGUUGUACACCCCGGUGUUCUCAGGAUUCGCUCGUGAAACCCAUACAGAAACCACGAUCGGAAAGCUCGUCGUGCCUCCGGGAGUCCAAAUCCACUUCCCAUUCAUGACGAUGCACCAUGACCCUGAAAUCUGGGGAGAAGAUGUGGAUGCUUUCAAACCAGACAGAUUCGUGGAAGGCAUUGCUAACGCUACGAACAACAACCCAGCUGCCUUCAUGCCUUUUGGGGCAGGACCUCAUGCAUGUGUGGGAUUCAACUUUGCGACGUACGAAGCCAAGGUAGCCUUGGCCAUGAUCCUACAACGAUAUUCUUUCAGAGUCUCCCCUGGCUACGUGCAUGCGCCUAGUAGUGUUUCCAUGGUUCGUCCUGAGAAUGGAGUUCACGUAAUUCUGACUUCACUCUAGAGAGAAAAAGGGAGGAGGAGGGUGCUUUUGGCUUGUGUUUUCCUUGUUACGCACUAUGUUUGUAUGGUAUUUGGCAUAGUUAUUUUACCUUGUCUUAUGGGGUUCUUUAAAUAAAUUGGUAUAAUCUAGCCAAGGUGUAGGACCUAUCUUGGCUCGAAAGAAAUAUGUAUAUAUAGAUAUAUAAUCAGGUGUUGCUGAGACUUGAACCUUAAAUUUCG